CACCCACUUCCGGUUAAUUUUGUUGUUGACUGCAACUCGUCCAGUUUUGCUAGGAAAUCUUUUUCUUAAACGUGUCGCAGUUAUGUAGACAGUUCACUAACAGAAGACCAGCAGGCCCUCCAUGAGCCGUGUGUGUCCCCGUGAGGAAAGAGCGGACUGAAAGAGAGAGAGAGAGAGAGAGAGAGAGAGAGAGAGAGAAUGUGGCAGAGUCUGGGCUUGACUGUACUGGUCAUCGUGGCCACUCUGGUCUGCGUGCUGCUCUUCAUGCUCUUCGGUUGGUACGUGGUGUGGCAGCUCUUCCUGUCCAAGUUUAAGUUCCUGCGCGAGCUGGUCGGGGACACGGGCUCGCCUCAGGCCGAAACGGAACCUUCGGAAUCGGAGAGCGAACGCAGCUCCCCUCCGACGCCCCGCCAUCGAACCAAACCCCCACGCCAAAGAGUCGCUUUUCCAAGCAGCACUACGUAAAAUUUGAGGAAAUCCCGUCAAACUCUUAAAAUGCAAUUGCGAAAAAGAGCCACUCAGAAAGCACUUGCCCCUUUUAGACCUUGCCAAACAUAAAGAAAGGGUUGCCAAGCGUUUCAUAUCGGCGCGUGUAGUCGUAGUUUAUACAGCAUUAAAUAAAACAUCAGCUUCCCUCCCUCUUCUCUUCCUGCCACCUCUCCAUCCUUUAGGUGUAUUCCAUGCUCAGAAAAGUGUUCAAUGUCUUUCAUCGAUGGUGAUCAGUUAGAGGCGAGUCCUUCGUCACAGAUCACUUCCAGGAACUAACACACACCCUGUGAUCAAACCUUCCUCAUCUAUCUGAGAAAAAAAAACAACAACGUCUUGAGCAUACUUGAACUACAUUUUUUUUCCCCAUUUCCGAGACAGAGCUCCUGCGCCCCGUUUGACUGACUUGCCAUCGUGCUGCUAACCAUUUCGUUCACGUUACCGCAUACAGGCUGCUAGACGAGGGGGAACGAUGUCACGCAAACUGACAAAACAGAUCGGCUUUAUUUACACUCGACACAAAGAGGAAGGUAUCAGAGACGGAAACCAGCUCAAAUAGGAUUUUUAGGAUUUUUCUUUAACCAUGCUACAGAUGAAUAUUAAUCAUCAGGUCUGUUACUAGUCGACUCCGCUUCUUCUGAGCUCCCUAAGAAAGAGCUAGCUCCCACUGGAAAAAGCAUAAUGCGGCACAGAAGCUGAUAUGUUUUAUGUUUUAGGAUCGCUUCUGUAAUGGCAGCAGAUGUAUUUUUCCCUUCACAAUAAAAGUAUUGGAUAAAACCUUUGGAA